AUGGCGCCGAUAAUUUCAACAAGUGAUGUGGAUGCUGUUGCAAUAGCCAUAGAAACUUUAAACGGAGGUGUGAUUGCCAUACCAACAGAUACAGUCUACGGCUUAGCAUGUGCAGCGACUAAUGUACAGUCAAUUUCAAAAUUAUAUGAGAUAAAAUCGCGAAAUGAAAACAAACCGGUCGCCGUUUGCGUUGGGCGGCAGCAUGACGUUGCAAAAUGGGCGAAUUGUUCGAAUUUACCACCGCGACUUCUUGAAGCAUUACUACCGGGCCCAGUAACGUUAAUUCUCGAAUGUAUUAAUGCGUUAGAUAAGUCUUUAGUGUUUGAUGGUAAGUUAGGAGUCAGAAUUCCUGAUUAUAGAUUUAUUCAGGAUGUUGCGAAGGGUUUAGAUAGUCCGAUUGCGUUGACAAGUGCCAAUUUAAGCGGGCAAGCUAGCACCGUGAAUGUUUACGAGUUUAAAGAGUUGUGGUCAUGUUUGGAUUGCGUUUUUGAUGGCGGUGAUCUCGAGAACAAACGCAACGCAUCAACUGUUAUUGAUUUGUCAGAAAAAGGUUGUUAUAAGAUUGUUAGGAACGGUAUUGCUUUUGAUAAGUCUGUAAGUAUUCUGAAUGGAUUUGGAUUGAGGAAUAUUUAAUUUUAAAGUAAUUUAUAUAAAUAUUUUGAAUAAAUGUUAUUUUUGAUCACAA